GCCUGCCUUCUCCCCAUAAAAAUCCUGGGAAUUAUUCCAAGAAAAAUGCCUCCCCCCCUAAAUUGAAACUGACCAAAUCCAAAAAAGCCGAAGUCAUUGUGUAGGAGAUGGAGUCCGAAGAGGAUGUAGUGGAAGAGGUCAACACUCAGAGGCGCUCUCACAGGCUUGCGUCGAAACAAAGACCUCGGAAAAAGAAAAAAAUUAUGGACAAUUCGUACUUUGAGGAGGAUGACGACAAGAACUUUGAAGAAAUUUUGAAAGAGUGCCAAAAGGUCCUUACCAGAAAGGAGGACACUAAAGGGGAUGAGAGCUCCGACACUAGUAGCUCUACCCAUGUGUCAGAUUCGGUAAAAAAUGGCCCAAUUGAAUUAACUCAGAAUAUGAUGUCGGAUGUAGAGGAGGAUGUCAUCAAAAAGCAAAAAGGGACCUGUCAAAUUGUCAAGGAAGGAACCUGUUCUAAAUGUCUGGAGCUGGAAGCGGAGUUUGCUAGAGUCAAGGAGAAAGUGGAAGAUAUUGAAAGGAAAAUGGGCUCGUUCUCAAGAUUCGGGCUUAGAGUUAUGAAUAGCUCUACCACUGCUCUUUAUUUACUUCAACAGAACAUGACAGGUGUAUCGGAGGAUGGAGGAUGAUAAAGAAAAGAACAGGGAACUCUACAAAUGCCUGACCGAGGACUGGGUGAAUGUCUUCCAGCAGGCGAGUUUUAGAAUCAACAAGAAUUGAUAGGGUUUGGGUUUUGCUUAUUUGAUGUUUUUUGGUUGCCUUUGGGCUGGGUCGUUAUUUUAUGAUAAACUCUUAUCAAGUGUUAGUUUUUU